CCCUUCAUUUUUUCCUUUCUUUUUGGCCCUUUGAAAUUUUUUUAUUUGAAUUUUUAUUGUUACUGUUUGUUUGCCCUAAUAAAAAAGUUCCUUUCUUGAACUACUUUCUGCUUUACCCGUGUGUUGUAAUUUUUUUUACUUUCGCUUAAUUGGGUUUUUGACAUCUGAAUUAUUGAAAUCUUGCACCUUUUGGUUUGUGGGUUUUCUUGAAUUCUGAGCUCUUGCUGUAAUAAUACUGUGUUGGAUGUGAAUUGGGGUUUUGAGAUUAUUUGAUUGCGUGUAAAGACUUUUGUGACUCUUGGAUGCUGAAAGUUUGAGCUUUGAAGAACUAAAGUUGAGAUGUGAAGUAGUGGCUGAGGUUUUGAUGAAUCAAGUGAAUCAUUUCGGUUUAAUUUCUUUAAGCAAAUGAGUUUGAGUGGAGAGUUUGAUGAUGUUUGGUAUCGUGUAUUUGAAUUGUGAGAGGGCAUAGGUGUGAGAGAUUUGAGGGUUUAUGAUUUUGGGUGUUAUGAUUUGUAAUUUGGACUGAAAUCGAGGUGUAACGUUGUUUUUGAUGUUGUGGUGGUGAUUGUUCCCCGACAAUUUAGAACAUUUGAGGGAUACAGCGCGAGGGAAGAAGUGUGUGUGAUCAUUAGGUUGUGUAUAUUGAUUUUGGUGUAACUUUUUCAUUGAUGUUGUUCCGUGAUAAAUUAGAGCAUUUAAGGCAUACAGAGCGAGGAAAGAAGUGUGUUCGAGCAUUAGGUUCUGUAUAGUGAUAUUUAGGAGGAAUGCAAAGAGUUCGAGUGUCAUCACAUCAGUCUCCGGUGCAUAAGCUGGGGGAUUCGCAGAUGACCUUGUCUCCGAAGUUUAAGUUAGCUGCAACGUGUUCAGCUUUGCUCGAUCCUGCACUAGAAUUCGAGCUAUCUAUGAGGGGGGAGCCUUUGAUUCCUGGACUUCCGGAUGAUGUAGCUCUGCAGUGCCUCCUUCGCGUGCCAGUCGAUAAGCACACAGCUUGCAAGUUUGUCUCAAGACGUUGGUACUCGUUGUUUGGAAGCAAAGAGCAGUUUUUCACCUUGAGGAAGGAGCUCGGGUUUCAUGAUCCGUGGCUUUUUGUAUUUGCUUAUCACAAAUGUACCGGAAAAAUCGAGUGGAAGGUUUUAGACCUCACCCACUUGUCUUGGCACACGAUCCCGGCCAUGCCUUGUAAGGACAAGGUGUGCCCUCAGGGUUUCCGGUGCGUUUCCAUCCCACAUGAGGGUGCUCUCUUUGUUUGUGGGGGAGUGGUUUCCGACGUCGAUUGUCCGCUUAAUUUAGUGUUGAAGUACGAAGCACGUAGGAACCGUUGGACGGUGAUGAAAAAGAUGAUUGCCGCGAGGUCCUUUUUCGCAAGUGGGGUUAUUGAUGGUAUGAUAUACGUUGCCGGAGGUAAUAGCACGGACCUGUUUGAGCUCAAUUCGGCUGAGGUGUUGGAUCCUAAGAAAGGGACGUGGCGGCCCGUUGCUAGCAUGGGAACGAAUAUGGCCUCGUACGAUGCAGCGGUUCUAAAUGGGAAGCUUCUCGUGACGGAAGGCUGGUUUUGGCCCUUCUAUGUUGUACCUAGAGGUCAAAUUUACGACCCGUCGACUGAUAAUUGGGAGAAUAUGGCUGCAGGACUCCGGGAGGGCUGGACAGGAUCAAGUGUUGUGAUGCACGGUUGUUUGUUUGUGGUGACGGAGCAUGAACGAACAAAAUUGAAGGUGUAUGACUCAGGAGAUGAUUCUUGGGAUAUUGUAGAGGGGCCGCCUUUACCGGAGCAGAUAUGCAAGCCUUUCCGUGUUAGCUGUUGGGAAUGUAAGAUUUAUGUCGUUGGUCGAAAUCUACAUGUGGCGGUUGGCCAUAUUGUGAAGCUCCGCUCAAGUGCCACUUCUGAAAAGAAAUGUAGAUUUUCCGUUCAGUGGCAAAUAGUGGACGCGCCCGGCACCCUCUUCGACUUAACACCGUCAAGUGCACAGGUUCUAUUUGCUUAGAACGUGUUUGUUUUCGUUUUCCUUUUGUUUUCUUGUGUUCGUGCUGCUGCAAGAUUAAGUAUAUGAGAGUCUAUCAAUUACAGGGAAUUGUUUUGUAUGGAUUGCUUUUGUUAUAUAAAUAUACAUACAUAUAUGUGUAAAUGUUAUGAAUC